ACUCUUGGACAGACGCUCUGGGGAUCGUUGGCUCUUAGGAGACCAGAAACUCUCCUGGAUAUGCUGGACUAUGAAGGCGAGGUACUAGGUGAGGAGUCUGGACCAGAUUUGGAUUUGCUCGUACCACACAUGGAGUUUGAUACCAGAUUACUCAAAAAGACCUUCUGCCGCCUUGGAAGAAGAUGGGAACUCUAUGACUGAGAAUGCAACAAUGACUCAUGAUAUACUUGAGGGAUUUUUUCAGAGCAACUUGUUGGAUGCAUAAAAAAGAUUGCGUUGUUGUUAAAUACUCCAAGCUUCAUCUGAGAUGUAACUGGCAUAAAUACCAACAGUUGAAAGAGGAUUCCUCUGUGACUUAUCUGAGAUACAGACUUUUUUCUACAGUGAAGUAUAUCUGGAUCUAACGGAUACACUGUAUUAUUUCUUGGUAAUCCUGGUAGUUUAUUUCAGUUUGAGACAACACUGGCUCAGAGAUGACUGGAGGCCUGUAUACUGGACUUUUUCUUUUCUCAUUUUUGGUAAUAUCCUUUUUAACUUUUAUUUACUAGCAUUUCAAAAAUUUGUGUGUUUCAUCUUGACUCCUGAUCAUUUAAAAAUGCUCUUUUACUGAUGUACAAGUUUCAGAUUACUUGUAGAUCUUAGAAGUAAAUAAACUCCAGCUUUUGUAUGUAGGCAGGAGGGAACUCCACAGCAACUGCCAGAGUAAUGUAAACUUGACUCAUUCUUCUGCAGGUGGUAUGUGAAAGUGAGCCCACACAUGCUGGGCCUGAAAGAAUGGGGGAAUCACAUGGUGAGACUGUAAAUCAAUUCCAUUCAGUAGCCAGCAGUUAAAAACAGCUGGACUAGCAUCUUUUAAUGUCAACUAUUUCAUAUUAAAUGCAUUUCUACGAAAGACAAGAACAGCCAUGGAUUUUUCUUUUUUUUGUACUGUUAUCUCAUGAUAAUGACUUAUCUCAUUAUCUCUAUAUAACAAAGUUCAUUUUUUCAUGAAAACAAAUCCUUUUGUAUUAUCUCGACAAUACGAAGUUCAUUUUCUCAUGAUAACGGAAAUUUUUGCCGACCUCAUAUUGGAACUUUUAAAAAACGCCCUCCAGAUUGGGAUAUUUCUGAAAUGCCGCUGCCACCGUUGUCAACAGCAAGGGCGUGUUGCACUCUGCACGUGUGCAUUACACUUUCAACGUGGAAACAUUUAACUGCCAUGUGCGAAUAAGACAAAAACAGUAACAAUGGCGGCAUGGACAAAAUUUUGAUUUCAAAGGUGGGUGGGGUACAUGUGACUUGAGAACUGAUGUAACACGCAGAUUCAAACGUCAAUGUUGAGCUCAGAUUUCUUUCUUUAUUCCAGAAUUCAGUUCCCGCCUUUACAUAUAGCCUAGCAAACAGCACAUCUCGCACACACAGUAACAGAGGAGGCGAUACGGCCAGUAGGUGGAUGGAAGUACAAACCCGAUACAGGGAUGUAAAUGAAACCUGCGAUGAAUGUGACGUUAUGGAGGGAAAAUGAACGUCGCCCUCCUGUAAACUUACAUCAGCAAAUAGCGAAUGGGCGAAUAGCGAUGUUCACGGACUGACUCUUAAUAGCAACUUGCAAACUACUAGUCCGACGGGCAUGGGAUGACUGACAGCAGGGAUGGCCAAUCACACACAAACAGCGGCCUGUGGCAGAGCCAGUCAAGGACCUUGUGGGCGGUCCAAACCAAGGGAAACCAGUUUUCAGCUUGAGCGGCCAUUUGGUCCUAGUGCCUGAUGUGUAUCAGUUUGCUAUAGCGUAAAGUAACAUUGUUUUCAGAUGGUUAAAACUACAGGGGACCAAAACGGGCUUUCGAAAAAGUGGGGUCCCCUGUGUGCCCCCCACAAAUUACGUCCAUGAAUGGCAGACGCAUUAUAAAUCGAUUCGUUAUCAUGAGGAAACGAUCUUUGUUAUCUCGAGAUAAUGACGUAAGUCGUUAUCACAAGAUAACGGUGCAUAAAAAAAAGAAAAAUCAGUGGACGUUGUCGUCUUCUGUACAUUUUAUAUAUUUCAUUGUGCUGCUUUCAUGUUGUUUCUUUCUGACUCCUCAGGACAACAGAGACCGAUUCAUUUAACUUCAAACUGGGCCUUUCAGCUUGUCAAUGACUCACUGGCCUUCUCCAGAGCUGACAGCUUCUGCAGAGGUCAGUUCAGCUCCCUUCCCAACCUCAACCAAUCAGAGGAACGAGAAGGGGUCAAGGAGCUGCUUCAGCAAACACAACUCCACUCACCCAUCUGGGUCCAGAAUCCCAGCAAAGAAGCCAACAAGCCUGUGGCCCUAUCAAAACAAUGUAAGUACAAUCCUUUCACCCCACAAACCUAAUUAAGACAACUGUGUAGGAAUUUGCAAAUCAUUCGGCCAAUACUCUCAAAAACCAGGCAAAGAUGAUACAUCAAAUGAUGAUAGUGUAAAAUUUGGUCAUCAUAUGAAACAUUUACACUUAUUUGAAAUUGGCAGCAUCAAGUAAAAAGUACGACAAGAAAAUGCCAAACCACAUUCUACAUGUAUUACAAAAGCAUGGCUCAGUAGUUAGGGAGACCAAACGUCCUGUUUCCCCAGGACAAGCCCUGUUUUUACGUCCUGUCCUGGCCGUCCUGGUUGUUUUACAAUGUUUUUAUUGGACCACUACGAUGAAGAAGAAAACUGAAGAUAUACAUUAUCACAUUGACAGGUCCUAGUUUGUGUCCUGGUUUUCAGUAAUCAAAAUAUGGUCACCCUAUUUGUAGUAGAAGAGUCUAGCCAGAUGCUAAACUGGUCUGCCUGCUGUCCUGACUUGUAACUUGUUUAAACAUUUGGUGCAUCAAAUUUUGUAUGUUGUCCUUGCACCGAUUUAAUCAGAUUUCGUUUUUAGAUCAUUUGAAAACCAUCAAAUCCGUUUAGAACAACAUUUUACAUAAGGUCUCAGCUUUUUAGAAGUUAGAGUUGUUAUACAGAAAGUAAAAAAAUAAUUUAUAAAACUUUAGAAAACCAUGGUACCAAAAACCUAUUUUCCUUUCGUUAAGAUUCACAGUUCUCAGCUCUGAGCUUCUCAAAGGAUUCCCGUGAUGGCUUUGUGAGAGUCAACACAUCUUUUCCCGCCCUGCCAUCAGUUACUGUGUGUGUCCGUGUUCAGUGGGACCCAGAGUGGAACGAGGUGUCCACCAUCUUCUCCUAUGCUGCAGCUGUCUUUACAAAUGAGUUCCAGCUCAGAGGCCAAGUGGACAUGCAGGGACGCAUCCUCCUCGCAGUCAUCAUCCAUGGGAAACACCUGCCCUAUAAGGCGUCCUUCCCAAAUGAUGGAGCUUGGCAUCAUAUUUGUGUUAUGUGGCACCGGAGCAGUGGUCACUGGGCGAUCUAUGUGGAUGGAGAAAGAAAGGACACGGGUUCAGAUACAGACACUUCACGGGAUAUUUAUGCUGAUGGGAUACUCAUUUUGGGUCAAGAUCAAGAUUCAUUUGGUGGGAAUUUCACAGAGCCCUUUUUUGGAAAUAUCACUGACUUGCAUGUUUGGAAUAUGACUCUGGAAAGGAGGCAUGUCCUUGCACUUAAUGCAUGUUCAUCCAUUGCUGAGGAAGAGCUUUUUGGCUGGAACCUGAAUCAACUCAUCAUACAUCCAGCAGUCAAAGAGAUGCAGGUCCUUCUGUUUUGCCCAGGUAAGCUCACCUACACAUCAACUUACUUUUCCUGUCAUUCAUAGAGCUUUGACACAAUAUGCAUUUGCAAUAAGUAAUAAUAAUAAUAAUGCAUCAGAUUUCAUAUAGCGCUUUAUCAGAGACCCUCAAAGCGCUUUACAUUGGAUACAUCAUUCAUUCGCUCACACAGUCACACUUUUGGUGGUGGUAAGUGCAUACUGUAUAUAGAUUGUACACUCUUGGGUUAUUUCUUUAACUCAAUUCCUGGGUUGUACGUGUUGAGCAUCAGAUCCAUCCCCCUUUCUUGGGUCAAAUGGAUUCUAUUGUAACCCAAUUUGAGGGUUUUUUGGAUGGGUUAAUAAUUAUGGGUUUUUUUUCUGAGAGUAACCCAAUAAUUGGGUCAGAACGUUGGGUUUGAUUGACUCUACGUGGUUUCUAGGCCUAAUGGCAAUUAAAGUGACUGGGGGGUGACACAUUUGUAAGAAGCGAACUACAUCUACCAGUUUGGGUCCUUAGGCAAGACCCUUAGAGCUAUGGCCUACCUCAUAAAGACGAUGACCCGGUUAACAAGGUCUGCAAAGCUCCCAAAAAAAGCUCCCCAAAUGCAUCAAUUUAACCCAAGAUCAUUAGUCAAAUUAACUCGAAGAGUGAGUUAUCUCGACCCUUAAAAAGAGUUAUUGAGUCAACCCAAAAUUUGGGUUAAUUUGAAUAACCCAACAUUCUGGGUCAAAACAAUCCAAUAAGUAGUCGGUCCCUUUUCAACCCUGGUGUUGGGUUAAAGGGGUCUUUAGAGAGUACACUGGUAGGCAAUUUACAGGAAUGCAACAGCCACCAGUUUUUCGUCUGAUUGAUCUAUUGAAUAAUUCUAACAUGUAAAAAGGCUAGGUGAUAUCUUACCUUGGCCUUAGUGCUGCAAAGUCAAGCUCGCUUGUAUUUUAUUUGGGGAGGGGGGGAUUUGAAAGCAAACAGAGCCAAGAAAAGAUGCAAAAUAAAUAAAUUACCCUGGAAAAUUGAUCUUAAUGUCGACUUUGAACAGGGUCCAAAUCAGUUGAACUUGGAACUGGACCUGAAAUCAGAUCCAAGAGUUCCAUUAAGAUUCACAAGCUGUCAGGUCCCAAACUUUGCACAGUAAUAUAUUGUAUUAUAAAAUAGGACUCCACAGCUCUCGAGGGCACAAACACAUUCAUUUUCCCACUUAAUUAGUCAUAAGACCAAACUGUCAUAGAUGUCUACAGUUGUCCACCUGCCUGUAUUUAGCUGGCAAACACAGUGUCUUUCAGGCCAAGGUCAUUGCUUUGCUUCAAAAGCUCAACCAAGUUCAAAUGUAUCCUGGUCUGUUUUACUUUUUCCUUCUCAAACAUGAUAACUAGUAAGAAAAAAGUUCUGGUUCUGGUGACCCCCUGGUAAUUAGUUUGAUAAAAGUUAAUUUUUCAUCUGAGUUUAUGACCUGGAAACAGUUCUGAAAAAACUUUGCCUUUUUCACCACUGUUUUGCCAACAUAACUACCCUAUUUAUUUUACAUUUUCAUUUUUAAAACAAAAAAAGCAAGUUUCCUCUGGUAGAAAAACAAGAUGUUUUAUCAUUUCUCUUUUGCACUUUAAUUAUGUUGACUAUAUGUUGUUGAUUAUCUUUCUUGUUGAAGGACCGCAGUUUCUAGGACCUGUUCUUUUACAGUUUUGAUUAUUCCUCUCAUGAGCUUAUAACACCACUUUGACUGCUGAGGCUGUGGUAUUAAACAAAAUAAUAAUAAAAAUAAAAACCUUAACUAAGAAAGUAAGAUUGAAACGGAGACAAAAGGUAAGACAUUUACAUGUAUCACAUCCCUCACAUGAGAAACUCUUUACCGGACUUACAACAGUUGUACAUUUUGCAAAAUGUUGUUUACUGACUUUAAGGAGACAUUCAUUUUUUUUCUAACCCACAUUAGUGAGGAUGGGUCGUUUGAUCUUUGACUAUUUAGUGCUUGUGUUCUCUGUCCUGCAAGUGUUAGUACAUCCCUGCAACUUCUUAAGGGUUUCCAGUACUAGAGUAAAAUUAUAGAGUCAAUAAGAGUCAAUAAUAAUAGAGUCAAAUUUCUUGUAUGUGUACACAUACUUGGCCAAUGAAGCUGAUUUUGAGUCUGAUUUAUAUUUGAUAUAGAUCUUGUGUUAUAGUGAACAGAUAUAGAGGUCAGAAGGAGGUGUUUGAUGGGUCAAAUGACAAACUACUUAUUGGAUUUGAGUCCCAGUCCGAUAUGAUGCCCAAACAAAAAACAUCAUAGGGCUUUUUUUUUUUACAUAACCAAGACAAGAGUAUGUUGUGCCUCCAAAAUAUAACGAUUAUUUUCAUGUCUUCAGAUAAUGCUCUGUGUUGAGGGUUUUUAUUUAUUUAUUUAUUUAGCCUAAACAUAGACUUAAAAGAAAACAACAUAUGAGUCAGACACCACAGACACCAUCCAGUGUUGCUGAUUUAAGGACAAGAGGGCAUGGACAUUUGUAGAUUACAGAUAUUCUUUACUUUUCUUGAAACUUUUGUUUGGACUGCUGCAGAAAUGUAAAAAUGAAUAAACACAGUGCAGUCACGGUAUUAAAAACUUAGAACAAAGACUCUAAGUGAUAAGAUCCCUGUUUUUUUUUAUGUACCACCACUCUUUUUUUUAAUCAGCCUCGUGUCUGAAGCCCAAAGACACACUUAUUUGCUUGGGAAUAUUCUCAACCCCAUGAUAUUCAUAUUGGUUACAGCCUCAUGCCUAUGCAGAAUGAAAUGUGAAAACGUCUUUUAAACACAUUUUAUCACCAUUUUCGUUGAGAUUAAACAUCUUUUAUUUGUCAACUGUAAAAGUGAACAUUCAUAAAAUGUCCUUUUUGUGUUCAAACUCGUUCAUGUGUCGAUAAAAGUGUUAGUGAUUCCUGGAAGCUGCUUGUGUGUUAGUUUUGUAGCUACUGAGAAGUGAAUUCAGAAUGACCACAAAUGAGACAGAGACACCAUCAGAAACACUUCAGGAUGACUGAGCGGUCAGAAUGAGGGGGAGUAAAAGUGAGACAGGAAGGCGGAGAGGGAGCGAGCGAGGGAGGGAGGGAUGGAUGCAUGGAGGGGAUUCCCACAGUUCCUGCAUCGUGGGGGUAGCUUUGGAAACAACAGUGCUUCAUACAGCAGUGAAGAAAAACUCCUCCUCUGUCAAGUUUCUCUCUCUCUCUCUCUCUCUCUCUCUCUCUCUCUCUCUCUCUCUCUCUCUCUCUCUCUCUCUGCAAGACCUAUGCAGCAUUUUUUUUCAAGCUUUGUUUCACCUAAAAAUGAUGUUGAUGAGUUUAUUUGCUCCGUAAUUUAUCGAAAACUGCUUCAUAAUCUCUGUUUCGUGUGUGAAAAAUCUGAAUGUAUUUGCAGUGGUUCCCCAGCAGAUGGAGCUGCAGGGUUGUAAGAUGCUGCAGGGCUGGACAGAUCAACUCCCACUGUUAGGCUUGACAGAUUGUUCUAAUCCACUGCCAUUCAUCUGCAGGAGCAGCAAAGGUGAGCCUUAAACUCUGUUUAAUCCAGAAAAUAAUGCUGUGAUAUGAAGGCUGAUACUGGCUGGAAGUACUAAAGGAUGAGCUCCAAGAUAGUCUCACCUCGCCAUUAAUCAUCUGCAUGUUGUUUUUGGCACAGAGCGUUACCUGAAGAUGAAGCAGAUGAGUGAAUCUCAGAGCUCACAGCCUUCUGCCUUCAUGAAUCAUCUGAUGAAGCUCUCCAACAAAUCACAGGUAGACAACCCAUACAUCCACAUCGGCUGCAUACAUCCUCCCAUCCUAGUUUACAAGUUCUGUAAAAUAAUCUGUAUGUGAAACUUUCCAUUUACAAAAGUGAAAAACUUUAAGACAGAAAUCAAUAGUUUAAACAGUCUGUUUAUCAGACAUAAUAAACACUUUCACCUCAUUUUUGAACUCAAUAAGUGAAUAUUCUCAGUGAAAAUCCUGUUUUCCAUGUAGGAUCCAGUGACAUAACUUGGGUGAGAUUUGUUCUUCAUAUGUUGAUUUAAAUCCUAGAAACUUUACUGACCAUUAUGCAGACCACCAUAACAUGAAGUUCAUGCUGUUCUUCAAUUUAAUGAUAGUCCUGAUAGUCAAGUGAGACAAGAAUUUAAAAAAAAAAAAACACGACUCUGUUAGUCUUAUUUUGAACUCUAGCUUCUCAUGGCCAAAAUAGUUAUUGUGAUCAGAAAGAAAAAGGGACAGACUUAAAAAAUAAGUUUGUGGAAACAAAACCAUAAGCAAAAUAUUUUUUUCCCCAUUUAAAAAAAAAAAAAGGUUUGUUGACAUGUUUGUCAUAAAGAAAAGACAAAAGAGUAUUUAACUGGAAGGCCAUCUGGAUACAAGUUAUUCUUUCCACUGUGCUGUCUGUGAAACUUCACAUUUGAAAGUACUGAAAGUAGCAAACGUAAAGUUGACAGAGCAUGCUAAGUUUUUAGCUGCUCUAUCAGUCAUGACAAACUUAUGUACUUUACACAACACACAAGCCUUCAUAAAAAGUCACACUGUUGCUGAGGGGAAUAGGAGCCACUCAGCAAAAAAGUAGGGUAAUCUAAACUUUCUCAGAAUUCUGAGUGAACAGUCAGAAAUCAGAAAGAAAAGUCAGAGUUAUCCUUUUUCAUACUCUGUGUAAGGACUGACACUUUACAUAAUUCCCCCAGCCAGACAGAGGACUGACUUUUUAUAUGGAGGAGGAUCAAAAAUUUUCUACCUCCUUGCAAUUUCACCUCUUUCUGUGUGUCGUGUUGAUAGCAUUUGAUUUGUCGUCAUUAGGUGAAAAGAUCUGCUAUACAACAUUCUUCUAAUAGCUGGCGUGCUAUUUAAGAAGCUGAACGUUAUCAAAUCGGUCCAGCUGCAGUAGAACAUAAACCCUCUACACAACUCUAGCUUCCUAGAAUCAAGCAGCCACUGCAGUCAAGCAUUCAGAAAAAUAGAUAAAGGAUAUUACAGUGAUGUUCCUAAAUGUGUUAUCAGAGGAAUCACAAGCGAUAAUCUUACGAAAUAAUCACGAAAUAUGUCAAGAACUGUCAUAAUCAACAUUUUCUUUGUCUAAUGUUGUGUACUAGGAAUUAAUGAAAUUCUCAAGAGGGGGCCUAAUGCUCUACAGGUGUCAUUAACUGGGCAUAAUUUAAGAAAUGACCCCACUGAACAACAGAGGGUUUAAAAUUAUGGAUAUUUGUAAUCUGAUCAAAUUAUUUGAUCAAACAGCAAUCAUAACCAGGCCUUAGUAGUCCUGGUUUUAACCAGUAGCCUACAACUUGUCUUAACAAAUGGCUGUGUUGUAGACUUUGUUGACAGUUUUCACAUUCUUCACAUUUUAUUGCCUCUGCUCUCUUUUUACUUCUUGAGAUUUAAUUCUUCAUUUCUAAAUACUUAGUUUCUGGUUCUCUGCCAUGUUGGUUAUACAGCUCUCCACUCAGACACUGAAGAGUUUGUUUUUUUGUCUUUGCUUGCAAACAAAAUUGAUGAGAAAGUUAGAAAAAAAACAUUUAAUUUAGAUCAUUUAAAUAAAUUACUGCAUUUUCUUCCCAACAGUGCAACAACUGUGUUAUCAAAUAAAAUGAACUGAAACUGAUGUCUGUGUCUCCACCUCCAGGCAGUGCUGGGUCAGCAGCCACCAGAACUGAGCAAUCUGGCUCAGGCGUCUGUUCUGCUGGACGUCUCUGUCCAGGCCCUGGAGGACACCCAGGAGGAGGGACUGCAGCCAACAGACAUGGUGUCCCUCAUCCAGCUGCUGUCUCUGGCUGCUGACGUCCCCACUCAACCCCCCACUGAUGCCACCAACCAGAGCCAGGAAAACGUGCAAGAGCUCAGCCAGCACUUCAUCAGCGUGGCAGACAGCAUCAUCAGUGAAAACAACGCCCUCAAGUGGCAGGCCAUCAAAGAGGUGGAGCAGGAUUUUUUUAUUCUUUCCUUACCCGUCAUGCAUCUUUUUACUCCACAGUGGAAAAAAAAUAUCAAUUCAUAAAUUAAUGCAGAUAUUAGAUUAAAUUAAUUAUGAAUUAUGAUUAGUAACCCUUUUUUGAAAAUUGUUAUCCUUAAUGUGGAAAAGGGAUUUAAGAGGAACUUAACCCCCUUAUGCAAAACACAGAUUCCAUUUCAUAGCACCAUAAAGAUGUGAAUCUAUUGGGAUCAAAUUUUGAUUCAAGGAGUGUUAAAGUUUAAGCUUGACAUUGUAUAUAUAUUUUUUAAACCUUUACAAUUUUAAGAAGUUAAUGCUCUUUCCAUCUCUAUAUCCGUCUAUAAUUGCCUAUCGUAUUAGCAGCAACCUGGGUGCUGUUCUCAUACAUUGUCCUCUUUAUUAUGUUUCACCAACUUCAUAUGUCAAAUUAGUAUUUUAUUUUGUUUAACCUUUUUUGUUGAAGUUGUUGAGAUUAGUAUUGUUAUUCGAAUAGUGUUAAAAGUAGCCAUGAUCAAAGCUGAAGGAACCAUAUCUCCUCGAAUUAUUGUGGGUAGAGGCCAUUACCUGUAUAAAAAAUAUGGAUGGGACCACAGUAAAAUGAAAUUUUAGGAGUUUUGAAGCCUGUUUCAGCAUUUGUGGAGGAAUGGUACCACCCAUUAAUACUUUGAUUACAGUAAUAUGAUGUGGGGGCUAUAAUUCACAAAAUGAAUAUCAUGUUGUAUUAAGAUAGAUAUAAACAGAUGGACAUGAAUCUGGUUCUGCUCGUGGUUUCUGUCUGUUACAAGUAAGUUUUUGUCUUCUUGCUACUGUUACUUGAUAGAUAGAUAGAUAGAUAGAUAGAUAGAUAGAUAGAUAGAUAGAUAGAUAGAUAGAUAGAUAGAUAGAUAGAUAGAUAGAUAGAUAGAUAUUUCAGCUCUUAAGCACUAGAGGGCAGUAUGCUUCUUUAGAUUAAGUUUUGCAGUAGAAGAGUGCAUCAUCAAAAUCUUAAAGUUACCCAGAGAGGGGCUGAUCAGAGCCAACAAAUGCUAAAGCUGCCUCCGUACAUGUUAAAAAAAAAAAAAAAAAAAAGAAGUCGAUUUCAGAGAGGAAACCACACUCUCCGUGGUUGGAGCAUUGCAUCCCCCCCUCCAAACUCUAUUUACCAUACCCAGUCUGUUUUUAUUCCCUGCUGUCGCUGCACUAUUAAUGUGUGCAACAGGAUGAGGUUGCCUUAUGACAAGUGUUGUGUUUCUCUCAGUGUUUGCCUCCCUCCCCUCUUAGGCCUCUCAGCACUCCAAGGCCACCUCAGCCCAGACUCAAAGGAUGAACAGCACUCUGAAAAAGCUGUGGCAGUACUCGUCCACAAACCUCCCCUCACUGUGCUCCUGGCUCUGCCUCCAAGGCUUGGCUCUUAGACUGAUAUAUUGAAUUCAGAGCCAGGGGUUUCAAAGCAGACAAUGACAAAAUCCACGACCCGACCCUGCAUUAUAGGCCGAUCCAUUGAACUGUGUGUGCCCUUUUCAACCAGAGUGUGUGUAGGCUCCUGCAAACAGUUAGUGGGGCUGAAAGCAUUUUGCGAUUGUUUGGCAUUUGAAUGGUCAUUUUGAAAUAUGCUUCCUCAGCUUUGAUGCAUGCUCGGCGGGGCAGAUUGGGUGAGUGUUGCUGCUGAGAUGCCUGUGCUCCAUGUGUUUUAGGUGGUGAACGGCCCCAUGGAUGUGGUCAAAAGCAUUGACCGAAUGGUGACCAACCUGAGCCCUCGCUUGAUGGGGGAGACUGAUCAUCUGACCGUUUCCAGCCCCAACAUCAGUGAGUCACACACACACAAAACAACUCAUAUCUCAAACAAAUAUAACAAAAAAAUUAUACAAUGACAUGCUGGAGCAAGGUCAGGGUCCAUCAGUUCCCUUUUGAAUGACUGGCUGCAAAAUGUGCCCAAAAAAGUUAUGUAUCACUUAACUUUUGUGGCCUUAUAAAACAGUUUACAGAUCACUGUUGAAAUUCACAUGAGAAGUGUAAUAGUGUGGCGGUACUGGCAAUAACCAUCUUUUUCAAAAAUAUGAAGUAGUGAUGUAGUGCCAGAAAUAAACAUGGGGCAAUACUGUGGAAGGGAUGCCAUUGGUCCUUCACACUGGUUGCCACCCACAAUAUAACAGAGUUAUGACAAGAAGAAGCAGGAAAGAUAGUCAUAUGUUUCUGAUAGUCAUAAGAUUUACUGUGAAUCCAAAACAACGGAAGAACUUGUAGUUCUUUUUCAGGGGUACAGUCACAAUGAAGAUUAAUGCUUCCCAACCUGUCUUACAGUAGGUUUUUAUAACUUGUGAUGUGCCAUAAGCUGCAUGUACUUUAUUUCAAAAUAAGAGCACAUUUUUCACCUUACAGGAAAUAAAGAAACCAGAGUUGAUAAAUGUACUGGGCUAGUUUUUGAUUCUCCUCUCAGUGCAAAGUAAACAAAUGCUCAAUAUUCAAUCUAGUCCUUUCUUCGUAUGGGUAUAGCAAUGGUGGUCUCAAAGGUCAAGAAGCUUCUGUGAUGCCUCGUAACCCACUGAGCAUUUUUUGCUCUAAAGAGGUCUAAUAAACGUCUAAAUGUAGCCUAGACGACUGGUCUAAAAUCAGGCUACCACAGGUCUAAAAAUGAAAGUUUUUUUAGACGUCUAAAUUUAGACCAAGUUCAGACCAAGUCUAAAUCUGGACUAUAUCUAUACUACACUGUAUAUUGCUCAACGGCUAUCAUAAUUAUUUUGCUUAAGUACUUGAAGAUCAGUUAUGCAACUCACAGUUGCUUUUUGAAAUAAAUAGUUAUCAAAUAAUGGGUUAAAGUGCAACGUCUAAAUUCCAUCUGAAAAAACUAGACGUCUAAUAGCCAUCUAUAGCUCAGUGGGAAGUAUGACCCAGGUUGUUACCACUCUUCUUAUCUUAUCUCAUCUUAUCUUAUUGAAAUCAUCAAUCAGCAAAUUCUUCCGCACACAGAAAUCAUUCUCUUCUUCUUUCGACGAGUGAAUUUUGCCAGGCCACUCACUAAAUACAAAGACCGUGUUUGAUACUAGCUCGUCCAUUUUCUGCGACUGUGGAAACAUGUCAAUGCAAAACGGUAGCCUCACUGAAGGAGACCCACUCUUUCUGUAGAAAUAAAAGGAUCAUUCCAAGUAAACAAAAACAUUUUUAUAUUCACACUCAUUUAAACACACUAAUGAAUGUUAUAAUCCAAACUGGUAAAAAAAAAGCUGGCUCUGUGGUUGGAAUCAAGUUAGACUCCUUGGAGGAUGCGUUAGAGAGAUGCACACUGAGGAAAUUGGAGGCUAUUUUGAAAAACAUGGAUCAUCCACUCAUAACACCUUGAUGGACCAACACAACAACGGUGUUGGACGACUCCUCUCUCUUCACUGCAGGAUGGAGAGAUUCAGAAGAUUCUUUGUACCCACAGCCAUCAGACUUUGAUAAACAGAUGACAAUGAGACUCCAGACAAAUGAGUUUCCCUGUGGGGAUCAAUAAAGCUCUUGUAUUGUACAGACAGUCAGAGUGGUUAUAAGCAGGUCAGUCAGACUUGACUGAGAGAAAUCAUCGGAUCAUCAAUUACAAUGUACAGCAUGAGUAUAACAAAAAUACUGGACUGUUACCGCUUUUGUAAAAAAUUUAGCUUUCACUCUUAGUUUUGAGUUUGACAUCAGAUCAACAAUAAUCUGGUAGAAUUAUCUGAUCAGAUGUUUUCAUCUUUUUUUCUUUUUUUGCCCAGUUCAACUUAUUUUUAGCAAUGUGUGGGGGAGGAUUUGAGAAAGAAAGACUUAACAAAUAAUGAAUUCUGACUUAGCACAUCAUGAACUAUCCUCUUGUGUUGUAAAGAUAUGCUCUUGGAACUUCUUAAGACUAAAUUUUUUCCUACCUGGCUUUGUACUCAGUGUGGAUAGAAAAAUCUCAAGUAGAUUCCCCGCAAUAAAAUAAAGCCCUGCCUUCGUACAAUCCAGCAGAAUUAUGCUAAAGUUGCCAUGGUAACUUGUGGCUCCUGCACAGGUUAAUCAAUUCUGAUUGAAAUUCAAACUAUUACUCUUGUUUUGACAGUGCAGACAUGAAAUAGUCACUGAAUGGAAGAAGAGGAACAGAUAAGAUAGAGAAACACUUGUGUGUGAACAUGUUUAUAUCAUAAUAAAAUCAGAGCCAACUGAAAGAUUAAAAAGUAUCCCUUCAAAAAUACUGAUGAGACAUUAAAAUUAGAUUGAACUGACACUCUAAAUCUGCUCUUUGUUGUCCUUUCUCCCUCAGAGCUGGAGGUGCAGCAGCAGAGGCUGCAGGAGGGAUCCAAAGGUUUGAGUUUCUGUGGGCCCGAAACUGAGAAACACACCGACAUAGACUGUAUUUCAAUCCCACAUCAGAAGAUUCAGGAUCUCCAUAACAACGGUAGGAAAAUGUUGCAAGAUUCAAUCAUCUUUAGAGCAAUUACUUAUUCAGACCUGUCUAGCACAACACUGUUUGCCAAGAGAGAAGACACAUUUUAUUAACCCUAUCUUACAAUGCGCUAACAGCAGACUAGUGAAUGUGCACGCAUUCACCUACUUACACUCCCAAGGUCUUGCAGUGAAGUGCAGAUGGAGGUGCAUUGUUGGGUUUUGCAACAACUAUUCAACAUGAACAAUAAGUGAUCCUAAAUGAACUACAUUUCUCUCAGUGUUUUAUUUGACUGUCUUGUCUAGCACAAACUGAAAAAGCCUCUUCUCGCUGUUGUGUGGAAAUUGCAGGCUUCCACAGGCUCACGUUGGUUAACACGUGGUACGGCUCUCUGCGGCCUCUUUUCAAUCCUGAGGAGAACAUCACCAUGGUUCCUACUGUCACUGACGGAAGCCAGAGGUAACAAACAAGCACAAAUGCAGCGAGAAAUGUGUGCCUCUUUAUCACAAAGCCUGUCACAGUGUAGCACAGAUUGUAGAACAGACUAUAAAUGCAAUCUUUUUUCAAUGAACUUAGUGUCAUGCUGUUAAGUGAUUUUAUCUUCCCAAAACGGGGUCACAAAGGCACUUUGGGCUCGCUAUUUUUUGUUAUUCAUAUAUUCUUUUUGGUUCAUUAUUUGUCUGGUCCAUGUCUUGUCAAAUUUAUUCUUACUUAAUGUCAUCACAGAUCAACCACAGGUGUGAAUUCCCAAAAAGUUGGGACAUUUUUUGUCAAAUGUUUAUUAAAAUAGAACCGAAUGGUUUGCAAAUCACUAAAACUCAUGAUUCAUUAAAAGCAGUAAAAUGUCAGAACAAUAAAGUGUGAAUAUUUAUAUUGAAAAAAAAAUUAUAUGUUUAAUUUGAGGCUGGUACCUUUGAAAAUAGUUAGUACAUGGUUAGUUUUUAAUUGUUUUUAAUCCACUUGACAUCAGUUGUGCACCUUUGGUAUUGUUCGGUAUUGUUUUGCUGAAAACAAUUGCUGCUUGAAAACUUGUUUAUAUUGUUCAGCAUUUUUGAUGCCAUCCCAUAUGUGUAAACUACCCAUGCCUGGCCAUGGGCACUUAUGAAUGCCCAUAUUACCAGGAAUGCUGGCUUCUAAAUUGCACUGAUACCAAGCUGGGUGGCCCCUCAGAGAGGGCAUGAUAUGGAGUCUGUGAUUUCCAAAAACAAGGUCUAAAUUAAUAAAUCAGCCCAGUUGAAGACACCAGCAUUUUUACAACAUCUUUAUAUACGGUUUCCUCUUUGCAUGGUCCAAUUUAAACCCACAUUUAUGAACAAACUGUGUUCACAGACAGUAGCUUUUGAAAGUGCUUCGAUCCCAUGCAGUGAGUUCCACUACAGAGUCAUGACAGGUUUGGAUGCAGUGCCAUCUGAGGGGAUGUAAGAGCCAUUUAGUGUUGGUUUUCAUCAUUGUCCCUCUUUAAUUGAAUCUACUUAAAUUAUUUAGAUAAUGACAUUCACAAAAACUAUUUUUUUGGCUUAUUAUGAAUUUGUUGAACUGUUUGAUGACACAUUCUCUCACAGAGUGGUGCGUCUCUUCCCCCCUUUACCUCACAGAGUCUCCCUCUUUUUUUACCCAGUUAUGAUACUACCCUGUUGCAAACUAAUCUACUUAACUGACUGGUGUUUCUCCAGCUUAAUACAUUUUCUCACUUUCACCAUUUGAUAAGUUUUCUUUGCACAGUUUUUAUGUGUUAAGUUCAAAUGCUCAAAGUCAUUCCAAUUAGCAGAUCUUUUGAUGAACUUAAGUGGGUGGUAUUUUUACUUUUUUAUGCAUUUUAGCUGGUUUCCUUCUGCUGGGCUUCAAACUAACGACUCAAAGUUUUAGAAGCAACUUACUACUCAGGUUAGAAGAAUGGCCGCCACUCCAGGAGAUGUCAUGGGUCAAAACAGAUGGUGAAAAAAGUGCCUUGGUUGUCUUGGCUAAUUGUCACUGAAUAUUAAUCAAUGGCUACAGUGGAAUUACUGUAAAGUUGGCAACUUUUUGCAGACGCAUACAUUGCAUAUAAGAUAUAUUCUGAAUCUGAGAUACGAUGGACUUAAGUACUAGCAUGCAAAGUGGAUUUAAAUUGGGGUUAUUAGUAAACUAGAUUCAAUGCAAACAGGCCCUGAAUAAGAGUGUUUGUGUCUAUUGUUGUAACAUGUAUAUGUGAUUACAUUAACCAGGUAUUUGGGCACUGUCCUGGGCUCUUCAGUCAUAUCCACCACAGUGCUGGGUGACGAUCAGCUGGUCAGCACAGCUGUUCGCUUCCAGUUGCAGCACAGAGUGCAGGUCAGUAAAAGAUGGCCGUCUUUGAAAUCCAUCAACAUAAUCACCAGUUUUUAUUCUCAAUUAUACAUCAAAUUCAUUAUUUGUUUCUUUUUUCUUAACUCCACAGAAUCCCAUUGGCACUGUUUAUGAUCCAGUGUGUGCCUUCUGGGAUUUUGAGCUUGCGUAAGUACCAAUAAACACACACACAGACACACACAGACACACACACAUCAAGAGUGCCGGCAAUUUGAAGGUCUCGCAUUCUUCUGCAAUACCUCAGCUACCUCACCUGUUUCAUUUCAAAAAUCUGAUAAAUGCUGCAUUACUUUGAGAUAGGAGAAUAUUUUCAUUCUUUGCAUUCCUGUGAGUAUGUAGAUAUGUCCGUUUGUGCUGUUUGUGUCUGAUUAGUCCUGAGGCGGGUGGGUGGUGGAACACAAAAGGCUGUGAGGUAGUGUCCAAACAGUAUGGACACACAGUGUGCUACUGCAACCACACCACCAACUUUGCAUUGCUGCUCCAGGUUUAUGAAGCCCAGGUAAAACCCCUCUCUCUCCAAUUGUCACCCUGUGUUUCUGCGUGAGCUUUCAUCUGCGGUUUGUGCUGCUAUUUACAGCUCGCGUGUGUGUGUGUGUGUGUGUGUGUGCGUGUGUGUAUGCUUUUGUAUGUGUAUGUGUGUCUCAGAGGAGCCCAGAGAAUGAAAAAGCUCUGCAGGUGCUGACGUUCAUCGGCUGUGGAGUGUCUCUGUGUGGCCUCCUCUUCACCUUCAUCCUCUUCAUCGCUGUGGGGUGAGUCACAAACAUCACAGAGUGCACUCUGCAAAGCACAGAGGGUGAAAAGCAUUUUAUAAAACCCUGCCAGAUUCACUUCAAUAAACAGAGAAAAAAACAGAACAUUGUGCUCUGCAGAUAUGUCAACAGUGCCAGGGUAAAAGAUUUUUGAGAAAUUCUUAGAACUAAUGUUAGAUCUUUUUUCAUAUAAUUUAUUUCAUGUGUGUAUGUGUUUGCAUGAAUGGAUGUGUGUGUAUGUGUGUGUGCGUGCACUUGCAUGUGCAGUGUCCCUAAAUCAGACCGGACCACCGUUCAUAAGAACCUGAUCGUUGCUCUAGGCAUCGCUGAGCUGCUGCUGAUGUGCAGCGACUGGGCUUCUGCAGAUGAGGUGAGACUUAAAUUUUUAGUUCAUUUGUGAUGUGAUCUGUGAAGUGUGUGACAGUAGAUGAAAUAUUGAAAAAAAAUUGAAACCUAUUUUUAACCCUCCUUUCAAACUUUUCCAGACCAAAAAUAUAGAGCACAGCACAAAGCCAGUCACAGGAGACAGCUGUAGUGUUGAGACUCAGUAUUGUAAGGAUAAGCUCUGUAUACAGGUGGAGCCCUUUGCACCUUUAUCAUGUCGUAGUACAUGUUAAUAGUUUUUAAAUCAUGAGUCCUAAUUUUUUCAUGUCUUUUCAUGUUUUGUAAUCUGGGUGUCUGAACCUGGACCUGAACCAGACUGUAUCACAACUUUAGUUAUUGGGUGAUUUGGGUGAUUUGGAUAAUUUGGGCGUCUUUUUUUUUCUGAUUUGAAUUCCAAAAACCACCAUUAUUACCCCCAAAAAAUCAAAUUAUGCAAUUUGAAUUGAGAAAAUAAAAUCCAAAAUUAUAAUUUGCAAAUUAGUGAUACUACUGAUUGUACCAGCGUAAUAACAUAAGAAUGUAGAUACUGCUCUUUGCCUUCACUCUUUUUCAAGUGGCUCAAGUAGCAACAUGCAUAAACACAUAUUUUCAGCUUUUAUAUGUCCUUUGUUGAUGAGUAUGUCUUGCACAGCCAGGCAAAAUUAGAAAUGAAAGACUCGAUGUUUUCAGCCUCAACAGUGCAGUCUGAAUAUUGAUUUCCACAUUUUUAGUUUUUCUAUGAAUGACUUUCUUGUUAUUUUGUGCUGCUGUAAAAUAUUUGCUGAUUAAUCUGCUAUAAAAAGUCCGAAUAAGUUAAAGACAGACUGUCAAAGCCCCCUUGACACUUUAAGGACCUGAAUUGCAGCAUUUGAUUCAAUACUUAUUGAGCAACUUUUCAGUAUUUUUAAGGAUUUGCACAAAUUUACUUCUCGUUUUGGAGUUUUGCUACCUUCUUUCUCCAAAGUAGCCAACAUUAAGAGAUAUAUGUUUUACAAUGAAGCCUUAAUGAUAAGAUAUAGCUUAGCGAUAUCCUGAUAUUUCCAGAUAAACUUUUGAUCCCCCUGCUAUCGAAAUACUCAAAUCAAUACGGCUGUUUUAUCUGUGUCAUGUUGUUGAAUCUGUGUUUCAUGAAUCCUGCAGACGACUUGCUUUGUGGUGACUGCUCUGCUCCACCUCUUCUUCAUGGCCUCUUUCUCCUGGAUGCUGGUGGAGGGCCUGCUGCUGUGGAGCAAAGUGGUUUCUGUCAACAUCAGCGAGGACCGCAGGAUGAAGCUCUACCACAUCAUCGGCUGGGGUAAAAUCUGCUCUCUCACUUUCGUGCCUGGUCAGUUUUGUGUUCAAUUGUUUGGUUACCUGCAGAUUUGCAUCAGAACUCCAUCAAUCUGUUUAUUUUCUUACCAUGAUGGAGAACCAGCAAUAUAUAUCAAUUUAUGCAGCAGAAAUCAGAAAUACAAGAAAGUGCUGUUGAUUAUAUUUCAGACCUCAAACAUCAAUAUUAAACCAUAGACUGUGCUCAACUCCCCUUUCUAGAAGACGAAAAUAGAUGUGACUAAAAAGAGCAACAAAGCUGCACAGAAACUGCACAUUGCUGGAUUAAAUCAGUACGUAUACAUGUUGUUAAAAAAGGAAUUUGCUGCACAAGUACAGCUGAAAAUGAAUCUAUAAAAUACAGAUAAACACAUUAAUCCGACUGAAAUCACUCUAAAUCUAUUUUCUUAUAGUCAGACCGACAUACCUGGAUAAUGUGGCUUUUAAUUGAUUUUCUUUUCUAUAUCAACAACUCAAUCUCACCUCAAACUGGCGUACGCAUUCUGCACAUGCCCCACCAUUCUCACACCAGGCUUUAACCAAGAAGUUGAGCUGCUGUAGGAAGCAGGGUAGUGAAUGAAACCUCAGCCAAAGAAUAAGGGAUUCAAAGAAAGUCAAACCUCGUGUCAUGAGGAACAAAUAAAAAGUACAGAGCUAUAAAGUUGGAUGUGUUUUCAUUGUUCAACAUUUAACCAAUCAGCGCCUUGGUACUUUUGUCAAUAUCAUGAUUCACACCCGUUGUUUGUAGACUAGGAGAUGACAAGUGGUCACCAGGGACAGUUCAAACCUUUUUUCUUUGGUGAGCACCUCUAAAGAGUCAGAUAUACCAGAGUAACUUUAUAUUUCAGAAUUGAAUUAUGUCUAACAAGUGAGAGAGACUUUAAGAAUGGAAAAAAGAAAUCACUUUUCCAUCUGAAACCCUUCUACUGUACUCGCUUCAAUCUUCAAGACAUCACAGCAGUUCCUGUUACCCAACCAGAUUUUCUAAGAAACAUGGGAAACGGAUGAACCAACUUAAAAAUCCAAGGAAAUGUUUUUUGCACAUGUACAAUGGUGCUUGACACUGAACCGAUUUUGGAGGCAUGUUAGAAAUAAAUUAACAGCUUUAAAUGUAAAGUUUUAUUCGAGAGCUGACUGUUUUUGUUUGCGUACUCAAAUGAGGCUGUCAUGUCUGUGAUUUAAAAAGUUUUGACUGAUCCUUGUGAUAUCAGAUUUGCUUCUAUUGCCCACGUUAUUUAGAUGAAAAUACCUACAACAAGCUGUAAUUUUUGCACCAAAGUUCGAUAUCAUAUUGAGAAAACUUUCUAGCUUAGUGUAAAAAUGAUGUGCCAGUGCUUAAAAAGUCAGAAGUCUGUCUUUAUAAUCUGACAUUUACAGUUCAUGUGUACUUCUCACUUGUAAAGUGUGCUGAGAGUGGAAUUUUCUUUUGCUGGGUUCAGCAGCUGUUAGGAUGUUUUCCUGUCUCCUCUUUCUCAGACAGAUGAUAGGGAGAGAUGGGGAGUUCACGUGGGGGCGUGCAGGGUGGGGAGUGCACAGGGAGGCAGCUUCACUCGACUGCUAUGACUCAACAAUGACUGGAUCUAGUCCUCUGUGAAAUUAGACCAUUGACAAAGAACAAAACUCUCCUGAAACAUUCUCAUUAUUAGGAUUAUAUCAUGAGAAAUGGCACCAUUAAAGAGCAUUUUAGGGUUAAUUAAACAAUCAGGAAAUGAAACCAACUUUUAUUUAAUCAAUUGUAUGAUCGUGCAUUGUGGAAGCAUGAAAUUCAUGGCACAAAAACAAACAGUACAAGAUUCAUAUUAACGUUUACACACACACUCAGACUGGCUGUUACAUCAUGCUGACUCUAAUGUUUAUAAUAGUCCCUUUUGCAUUGCCUGUUCAGGAUGGGAUUGUUUUGUCCUGUCAAAAUGGGAAAACUUGAGAAGAAGUGGGACCAAGUUUUUCCACCACAUGAGGGGCAUUUAAGGCGAUAACAGAGGGAAAACAGUGGCAGGACAGAGGCUUUUGUCUAAAUAUACCUACACAAACGAGGACUGGCAGUUAACUCCAACUUUUUAUUUACCCCUAACCCAAUAACCCUAACAGUGAUUUUAACCCUAACCCAUAUUGAGUUAAUUGGUACAAAAAAAUAAUAAUAAUAAAAAUAAAUGGAAAAAUUUCUUUUUUUUUUUUUUUUUUUUUUUUUUUUUUAGUGUUAUGGUUACGUUGGGGUAUUGGGGUUAGUGUUAGGGUUAGGGUUAUGGAUUUAGGGUUAAAAUCACUGUCCAGGACCUUUUUAGGAGCAAGUUUCAGACCAUCUGGAGUCAAUUGGUACAAAAAAAAAUUAGGAAAAAUGUAAAAAAAAAAGUUUAAGUGUUAGGGUUACAUUGGGGUAAUGUUGGGGUAUUGGGUAAGGGUUUUUUUUUUCUAAUCUUUUAAUCCCAUAAUCCUAACCCUAAUCCCAAUACCUCAACAUUACCCCAAUGUAACCCUGACACUUAAAUAAAUUUUCACACUUUUUCUGAAUUUUUUUAAUGUACUUAUUGACUCUAAAUGGUCUGAAACAUGCUUCCAAAUAGGUCCUGGACAGUGAUUUUAAAACUAAGACAAAGAAUUGUACGGUUUAUGAAUUCUUUUGUGGGAUAAAGCUAGUUUUGAACUUGCUAGUUAACUGGUAAGUUAGUUCAAUGUCAUCCAAAAUUGUGCUCCUAAUAAACUUCUGUAACAUGCCCCUUAGUGAUUUAAUUGCUUGACUAACAAUUGAAGUAAGUAUUUUCUACCUAGCAACAGCAGAAAUAGAAAAAUCUAAUUGGCUAACAAACAAUUUUUCUCAUAAACAUUUUAUUUGUAUGUUACCAAUUGAUACAUGAAUUAAUGAAACAUAAAAUAAGAAUUUUUAAUGUUACUUUUAGAAAUAAUUGGGUCCUUUUAAAGGUUUUAAUAAACCAUAUGUCAGCAGAGACCAACAUCUUAAUUUCUUAACCUGGUUAGAAUGAUUGUUAACUCUGCCUAACACCCUAUACUACAGUCAUCCUGACCGACUCCAAAGUUUAUCAUGUUAAAGGUAGAUCAAAUGCUUCAAAUUGACAUUCUUUUGAUUACAGUAUUUUCUGGUGACACGAGGAACUAGGACAAUAGGUGUCCAUGUUUCUCUCUGCUUUUGUCUUAUUUUGUUGACUCCUUUUUUACCUGCUGUCACUCUGGGUGUGACACAAACUUUGUGCAAUGGAUGUGAUGGGAUUUUUUUUUUUUUUUAAGUUUUGCAACCUUAACCCACUUUUUUUUUUUUUUUUUUAACAAACAUCCAGCAGCUGCUUCGGUGACUUUGUGUUUUGUCGUAUCAUGGGCUGAGAACAGUGUGUGAAUAAGCACAACAGCAUUCAGGUGUUCCUCUGGGCUCACGGUGAAGAUUAACUGCAUGUUCUUUUUCAGACUAAAUAGAAAAGAGAACUGGACAGACUAAAUAGCUUGUUUUGUGCUGACUGCAGUCAUUGUUCUAUAAAUAUGUCUAUAACUAUGCUGCCUCUUUCGUUUUUCACACUGCUGCCAUAGUUCGUUUUAUUUCAUAUGUAUUGUUUUUCAGGACUACCUGUUGUAAUAGUGGGUGUAACAUUGGCAGCAUCAGUGGACGAGUACAAGGCAGAUGGUCACUGCUGGCUUAAUGUGAAGAAUGACACCAUCUGGGCCUUUGUGGGACCUGUUGUAUUUGUCCUGGCGGUAUGUUAUCUUACAGGCUACACUUUUUGUUUUAUUUUUUCAGUUCAAUGUCACACGCUGUAGUUGUAAUACUCCAAGCUAAACAUACACUCUGUAGAUUGUUAUUUAAAAUUAAGUCAUGGCCGAUCAGAAGCAAACUGGCCAAAGAGGGACGCACAACAAACGCCUACAGUGAUGAUGGUAAACAUGUAGUGUUAAGCUAGCUAAGCGACAUAAAAUAGAGGAGCAGCUUGUUGAUUUGAAGAAACAACACAUAUCUUCUUAUCAUUUCCAGUAAAACAUAGCAUGAUCAAACUAAAAAGGAGAAGAUUCGAACAGGAACUGUUAUCCUGAUGGACUUAGCAGCUAGCCAUGUUUGGCUUGACAACCAUCCUGCUAUCUGUCAUAUUUUUUCGCUUAAAAGCGACAUUUGACAAUGAGAUUGUUUAAAAAUUCCCAGUUUAGAGAGUGUAGAAUCUGGUUGAUUAUAAAUGUUAGCUUUAAUGUGUGCCUGUUCAAUCUGUCAUUAUUUGUCAUCAAUUUUUAACAUCUUAGAUUUCCAAAUCUUUUGGCGUUGGUCAGUCUAAAGUGGCAUAAUACUUAAGUUUUACUUUAUUCAUACUGUUCCAACAACAACAAGCUUUACACUGAGAAAUAAAAAAUAGAGGGAUAAUGAGACAAAAAUGAACAACAAUGCCUACCAAUGUGACAGACAACUAAAUAAACCCAGCUUUUCCAUUGUUCCAUGUUUCUUGGUCUCCUUAUUCCUCCAAACUAUCAGUAUAUCAUAGUUAAAAUCUCACAGAUGGGGGUUAAACUCUCUAUUUUACCUUUGUCUUUGCUCCUGUAUUUUAUCAUUCUCUCUCAUGGCCUGUAAAAAUUCAAAUUGUAAAAAUCUGCAUUAGCUGAAUACUCAUUACUGAGAUGUCUGAGGUGUGUUAAGGAACGGAAACUUUCCCCCUUCUACAAGUGAGCACAAGGCUCAGCGGGUCUGCAGAGGUGUGUCUCCUGUUUUUGCCGGAAGCUGUGUUGAUGCUAUUGUCCUCUUCCUGCAGGUCAAUGCAGUUGUGCUGUGUCGGGUUGUCAUGGUGACGGUUUCCAGCGCUCGCCGUCGUGCGAAGAUGCUCAGUCCAAGCUCGGCAUCAAAGAUGCAAACCUUUGACCUCACCUGGUGAGAUAAAGUGGCUGCUCUACCUCCCUCUCUCCUCCUGUUUUCUAUGCUCUCUCUUUCGUAACUGUAUUUCUCCCAUGUGCCCAUUUCUUCUCUGUCUCUGUCUCACACACAGACACAUACACACUUACACACACAUGUUACCUCUUGGUCAAGGCAGCCACAGUCAAUAGGAGCAGUGUGAGAGAUUUGGAGUUUAGGUUCAGGAGUCUGCUGUGGGAGUUGUUUAGGGCUUAUCAGCUCAACACCUGGUCCCAACACAACUGAAUGAGUGUGCACAUGUGUAUGAGUCUGUGUUCACUUGUUUGUCACUCACCGCAACUCGCAUUCUGUCUUUGCACAAGCAGUUUUGUGGCAGUCAGUUCUUGUAGACGUUUUAUAACAAGAUCGGCAUUUCAAACACGAUGCAUGAGAAUAAAGUUAGAAUAGUAACUGUUAAACCCUCUGACAUUAAAACCAAACAAAAUUUAAAACCAAGGACAGCUUGUCAGGCUUUUUUCUUCUUCUUUUUUUUGCACCCUUGCGCUUUGUUAAAGGGCCUUGAUAACACAAUUCUGACUGCCAAAAGGAACCCAUUCCUCCUUCUGCUUUUCACCACAUCUUACAGAAAUACUGCAACUUCAGUGACUUCCAAUCAAGUUAAAUGGCAAUUUCGGAUAUGUUGUCUUAUUAGCGACAAAUCUUUAAAACCUGUGUAUUUUAGAGUAGACACUACAGACAUGGCAUGAAGUUGUUGAAAGAUGUAAAUCAUAAAGGGAUCAUAAACUCCCAGUUCAGAGAGAUGGGGAGCAAAUUUUUAAAAUGCUGCCCAUCUAUUUUAAUUUUAAUCAUACAGUUGUGUCUCAAACACAGCACAGUGAUUUGGCAUUGUGGGGAAAACUGGAUGGAAAGACUGACCUAUUACUAGGGCAUGAACUCAUGAAUAACUGCUUGGGUGAAGUGGAUUGAGUGUUGUAAAAUAGAAGGGCAGGGUUGUGGGCAGAAAAAAAGGACAAAAUAAGAGGAUGCAGGAAAAGGGUUUCUCCUGUCAUAUUAAUGUUUGUAUAAGCUAGCCUUUGUUCCAUUGUCACAUUUGUUUGUUUGUUUAUUUUUGAAAUAUCUUGUUUAUUUUGAGUUAGACGUUAAGAUAUAAUGAAUCAAAUUCAAUUUCUGUCAGUCUUCACCUACAAUCCCAUUCGAAUUUUAUUGCUAUGUAUUUAUAGUUUGUUUUAUAUUAUUCAGAUUUCUAUGCUGAUAUUUUGUUAUUAAUGUUAAUUAAUAGUUAAUGUGACUACAGGCGGUGGCAGGCGUUCAUUCUCAAUUAAUGGAAGGGAACACACCAGUUGAAUACUAAGUCAUCAUGUUUUGCAUUUAUCUGGCCCAGUGCUUUUUAGCUAUUUAAAACAGGCUCUCAUGAGACCUCAAAUAACUGAGGAUUGAUAUAUUGAUCUUUCUUAACUCAGAAGAAAUGGUGAUAAGAAACAGAAUGAUACCUCAUUAAAAUGUUAGGUAAUUUUAAGGACAAACUCAAUAUUUGCUACAGCUUAUAUGCUGCAAAAAGUUUCUCAAACAGGUGGAGUUGUUGCAAGUCACGGGGUUACAUUUAGCUGUGAAUCAACCAAUUGUUGUCGCUGAAUGGCGUAUGUGAAUCUGAAUUAAACUACAGUGUGUACUCGUGUUAAUGGAGGUUAAUAUCCUUCAGCCCACAGUGUGGCUUUCCGGUGUGUGCCAUUGAAAGCAAAGAGUGAUAUAAGGCACUGAAUACACACAGUACUUGCUGAAAUAAAAUGUAUUGCACACAGUUUGGUCUUCACUUGGGUUUUAUAGGCAUGAAGAAAAAAACAGUAUUAUUGGAGUUGUUCUAUGUCUGCUUCUCUUACAGCCGCACUCAUAUAGUGUUUUCUACAUACUACAUGAUUGCCUGUCAAAGGUUGAGCAGCAUAUUUUUUCCCCUUUUCUAUGUAUCAAGAGUAUUUAUGUUGCUAUGGCAACUAGCUGACUGUACUAACAUUCCUAGAAAUUCAGUCAUAAGAUAGUUUUGUAUGCAAGUAGCAGUUUUUCACGGUACAUUACUGCAAAAAAAAAAAACAAAAAAAACCUGAUACAUUGUUCUCACGUGAAGAGGAUGAUUUGUGGUUCAACUAAAAGUUGCUGAGGGAACCCUGCAAGAGAAGUCAUUUGUCAAUGUCUGCAUUUGUUUUUAGUUACUCAUGUCUCUAUUUCUGGGUUAUUUUAUUUAAAUACCUCGCCAUAUCCCAGAUCCAUUAAACUUAUUGUUGGAAUUAUGUUAUUAUAGUUCAAAAUAGAGCUGAAUUCACUGAAUUUUGUUGAAUACUGGACUCAUCUAUCCCAAAAAGUCUUGGCAUACAUACAUAUUUGUUUCAUAAGUCAAUUGAGCUCUAUUUAUUAAAACUGACAAAUUUUUCUAAAUGCAAAAGUGCUAGGGAUUUCGUGACACCGCAGUAGAAAUAUAUAUAAUUGUGAUUUUUUUUUCAAUAACCUCAUACUUCUGAGUAUGAUCAAGUGCUUCACGUCUUCAAGAUCUGCCUACCUUAAGAGCUUGUCAUGAUUUAACGCCUUUUGAGUCAGUUUUUAAGAUGUAUCUAACUUGAUAACUCAUUCUGCAGUUGACUUUGCAAAGUCAGCAGAAAUUGUUUAGAUUCACAGAACAAGACGUCAGAUAUAAAAGAUUUCUGCCGACUUUGCAAAGUCAACUGCAGAAUUAACGGCGUUCUUAAUGAACUGCGCUUUGAAAAUUUCCGCAGCAUAUGUUAGACGUCACCAUCUACACAUGGACCAAUCAGGGGCUGUCUUUCCCUGUUGUCCGGGUAACAGUGGAAACACUGUCUCUGAUUGGCCCAGUUAUUUUCUGACCGCUAAUACACGCUCCCAAUGGGCCGAAGUCCUGACUGUUGUGAGAAGGAACGGCAAGUGAUUCACGCAACAGGUUGGCCCAGCCAGGCUAGUAAAUUACCGCAACUACAGCUUCUUUUUAUAGGGGGCGCUGUGACUGUGAUAUAAAAUUAAAAUUAAAAUCAUAGACUGUAUAUAGAAUGGACUCUGUCUGCCUCCUCGCUGGGUGAAGCCACCGCGAGAACAGCACCCUCUGGUGACGGGCUGCAGUAUAGGUCAUAAAUCCCGCCUCCUCCAGCAAUUCUUAUGGAGCUGUGGACAAACUUUAGAAAUUUAUGACACAGAAUAUAGUUUUUUCUCCUCCCUGCUUGUGAUGUUGACAUGUAGUGAUUAUAAGACUGGUUUGUGCUCAAGUCCUCUUUUUUCUGUGAAGCUCCAUUUUUAAAAGUUAUUAGGGGGUUCAUGUUUUCUAUGAUUGACACCUGAUACAGCCUAUGGGCAUGCAAGGACUGCGUAGCUCACCCGGGGGGAUACGCUGUUCGAGCCGAGUGUCAUUACAGCGACUCUCCCGCUGAGUGCGAACAAUGCUACUGCGCAAUGUUGGUUUCAGGAAGUGGAGAAAAAAAACAGAAUUGCGGAGAGCUUUUUGGCUUCAAAUCCGUAUACUGGCAGAAGGUGGAAUCAAGUUGUCCACAGUAUGUACAGUCUAUGAUUCAAACAGGUGAAGUUUUGGACCAGAUUGAAUACUGUAGAUUGGAGCUCAUAGGCUGCUAUCAGAGGGUGAGGCUAUGACUGUUAUUUAAAACAUGGUGUAUGGAUCUGAACAGGGGGAUUAUGACAAGUUAUGUAUCUCUUGGUUUUUAAGCCAGGAGGAAAACAAAAAAAUGUCAAAGUAAACCCGCUCCUGGAUGGUAGGAGUCACAAACAGUGAGGAGCUGAACCACCCUGACAAUAUACACUCACCGGCCACUUUAUUAGGUACACCUGUCCAACUGCUCGUUAACACUUAAUUUCUAAUCAGCCAAUCACAUGGCGGCAACUUAGUGCAUUUAGGCAUGUAGACAUGGUCAAGACAAUCUCCUGCAGUUCAAACCGAGCAUCAGUAUGGGGAAGAAAGGUGAUUUGAGUGACUUUGAACGUGGCAUGGUUGUUGGUGCCAGAAGGGCUGGUCUGAGUAUUUCAGAAACUGCUGAUCUACUGGGAUUUUCACGCACAACCAUCUCUAGGGUUUACAGAGAAUGGUCCGAAAAAGAAAAAAUAUCCAGUGAGCGGCAGUUCUGUGGGCGGAAAUGCCUUGUUGAUGCCAGAGGUCAGAGGAGAAUGGCCAGACUGGUUCGAGCUGAUAGAAAGGCAACAGUGACUCAAAUAACCACCCGUUACAACCAAGGUAGGCAGAAGAUCAUCUCUGAACGCACAGUACGUCCAACUUUGAGGCAGAUGGGCUACAGCAGCAGAAGACCACGCCGGGUGCCACUCCUUUCAGCUAAGAACAGGAAACUGAGGCUACAAUUUGCACAAGCUCAUCGAAAUUGGACAAUAGAAGAUUGGAAAAACGUUGCCUGGUCUGAUGAGUCUCGAUUUCUGCUGCGACAUUCGGAUGGUAGGGUCAGAAUUUGGCGUCAACAACAUGAAAGCAUGGAUCCAUCCUGCCUUGUAUCAACGGUUCAGGCUGGUGGUGGUGGUGUCAUGGUGUGGGGAAUAUUUUCUUGGCACUCUUUGGGCCCCUUGGUACCAAUUGAGCAUCGUUGCAACGCCACAGCCUACCUGAGUAUUGUUGCUGACCAUGUCCAUCCCUUUAUGACCACAAUGUACCCAACUUCUGAUGGCUACUUUCAGCAGGAUAAUGCGCCAUGUCAUAAAGCUGGAAUCAUCUCAGACUGGUUUCUUGAACAUGACAAUGAGUUCACUGUACUCAAAUGGCCUCCACAGUCACCAGAUCUCAAUCCAAUAGAGCAUCUUUGGGAUGUGGUGGAACGGGAGAUUCGCAUCAUGGAUGUGCAGCUGACAAAUCUGCGGCAACUGUGUGAUGCCAUCAUGUCAAUAUGGACCAAGCUCUCUGAGGAAUGCUUCCAGCACCUUGUUGAAUCUAUGCCACGAAGAAUUGAGGCAGUUCUGAAGGCAAAAGGGGGUCCAACCCGUUACUAGCAUGGUGUACCUAAUAAAGUGGCCGGUGAGUGUAUGUACAGUGCAAUGCCAGCUCAACAUUUUUUCAUCUUGAACCUAAAAUAGAAUAUUAGUCUUGAUUUAAAUUGGAUUGAAGUGUAUCAGGGACAUUUUCUGUCAGAAUUUUGAACACUAAUGUGUCUUUUCAGAGCUGCAUGCACAGGUCACAACACUAGAAUUAGAAGGCAUUACUAUAACAUCGUAUGGCUGUGAAGAGACUGGGAAAGUGUCCUUCAACCCAGUAUGCGGCAGACUUUAUUUUUUGCACGUUUGUUUUAUUCUGGUGGUAUUGCUACAGCUCCAAUUCUCCUCUCUCUGGCUCUCUCCAUUCCCUCACAAACAGACUAAAAAGUAGACGCCUGUGCCAGCUCUAGUGUGCCGUGUGAAUUCAGGAGAUUAGAGGGAAAUCGACAUUCAAAUAUAAAAGGGAAGCGAGGGAAGUGGGUGCUGCCUUUGUCCUUGCAGACACAGCGCAGUCUUAAAACUCAAUCUUUCUACCCAGGUGCAGCAGUCUGACAACAAUGGUGGUUUGAACAAAGGCAACCUUUUCUGCUUUGCCCCAUGAAAUGGUUAUUGGCUGUAUAAGCACAGUAUCAUUGAAAGGGAUGAUUGCAAAGGAACCGAGGAUGACUGUGGUGGGGUAAACUCUAUAGCUGUGCAGAUAUGUUGGAUGAAGACUCAAGGAGGACAUAUUUGAGAAGAAAAUGUCAUUAAAAUACCUUGAAAACUCCACUCUGCCAGCUCCUUCAACCAAUCUAUAUGUCGAUGUUUUCAAAAACAGUUCACAAAGAGAAUGUGUACAGAAAGUGAAGAAUCAGAAAAUGUUCCAACAACAAAAGGAAAAAGUUUGGUUUAACAAGACAGACAGGCAUUCACUUUUAUUUUCAAUGAUUCGUGUUUGUGUGUGUUGUGUGCGCAGGGCUGUGACCCGUCCGGUCCUCAUCCUGCUGCCAGUCCUGGGGCUGACCUGGCUGUGUGGAGUCCUCGUCCAUCUCUCUGUGGUCGUCGCCUAUGUCUUUAUUGCUCUUAAUGCAUUCCAGGUAAAUAAAGACACACUUUUUUCAUAUAUUUCAGGUUGGUAUAUAAUUAAAGGCACCUCUAUGGGCUGCACACAGAAAUACAACUGCAUGCAAAUUAAUAAAAAAUUACUUAUUAUGACCCCAACACCAGGAGACCAAAGACAUACAAUAAAAUUCAUGGGUUUGCUUGUCAUUAAAAUGCCAUAGUUAGUCAAAAAUAAUUCUAGGACAAUAAAUAUAACAUCUAAAAUAAAAUGUAUAAAAUAAUAAUAAUCCUAAAAAAAAAAUAGUGUUAUAAAAUAGUGGGAUUUUAGUGGCUUCAUGCUCAGGGUCUUCUUUGUCAUAAUUUUUGUUGUUUUUAAUGGAUGACAACACAGUACUGCAGUCACGACUACAGAGGUGGGCUAUUUAAAUGCAUGCAAAAUGUAGUUUGGUGUUGUCGUGCUGAACUAUGCAAUGCCUCCCCUAAAAAAGCCACUGUGGAAUAGCAAUGUGUGUUGCUUCAAAACCUUUAAAUACCAGAAUAUAUUUUUAUGUUAAUAUACCAGAAUAUAUAUUUUACAUCCCCAUACCAACACAGGUACUGCCUAUGAACUGUGGUGCCUUUCCCCUUAAAUGGGAGGGCCCGUUAUCAGUGGUUUCGAGAAAAGACUCAUUGGAUGACAGAACUGUUUUCUGCUUAAACCGACCCAGAAAAGCCCCCAGGAUUUUGUUUAUUUCCUCUUGAAAAAGUAUAGUUGAAACAAACAUGAGCGGCUGCAGUGUUUAACCGUGUUCACAGCAUACCUGACAACACUCCCGUUUCUCCCAGGACUCUCCCGUAUUUCAGACCCAUCUCCCACCCACCUCCCGUAUUGUCAUUUUUCCCGGGAAUCUCCAGUAGUUUGGAUGGUCAACAUUCAUUCAUGAAUCAGAUAACUAUAUUUGUCCAAAGUUUCCAGACAACCGAAGAUUGUCCUGUUUUUGCUGAGCCUCACAGACACUGGAUUGAUACUUUAACUUUACAUUUUGGGAUGAUUGAGGUCAGUUUAAGCUGUAAACUAUAUUUAAGGAGUGUAUGUUGCAAAAUGAACACUUCACUGAAAGGGAAACAAAUGCAAGAUAUAGUAUUUACGUUGAUAGACUUGCACCGCCUCAGAGUGAUGUGUUCAGGGCAGCCUCAGAUAAGAGUGCUGUAUUGCACACACAGAUGUUCAGAGAGCCUCAUACGGUAGAGCAUGUAAAACAUAUGAAGACUUUAACACCAUAUAUUAGUGGACUAAAAAGUUCAAGGCAUAUCGUAGCUAUUUUUUUUAUUACCAUUUUUUAUUGUUUAAACAAAACAAAAAAAGUAAAAGCUUCACUUAGACUUAUUUGGAUGAGCAAUCAAAAUUACAAAUACUCUUAUAAUGAGCUCAUAUCCACGGAUCUUAUAACCCAAAUGUUUGCAGGUGUGGUUCAUAGACAAAUGCUUUUGGAUGGGGUUUUGAGGCCAUGCAGUGAUUUACACUUCAGAGUCAUAUAUAAUGCAGUGCUGCCUAAAGAUCACAGCCACCCAGUGCUGGUUUCAGCAGUCCUGUCUCUGUUGUAUAGAAAUUUCUCCUGAUUCUCUAAAUCAUCUUAUGAUACUAUAGAGAAUAAAAUCUAUAAAUACGAGGAACUUGUUUGGUCUAAUCAUGUGUGUCAUGUACAUGGAUCAUAGACCUCAAGGGGUGGCCUAGGUCUCAUUCCAACCUGCAGCCUUUUUACUGGAUGUCACUCCCACUUUCUGCCCUGGUUUUCUGUACUCUCUGAUUUCCUGUCCCCUCAGAAUAAAGACUUAAAGUCUUUCUUCAAGUGUGUGAACAACAGGUCAUACCACAUCUACCUCCAGCUCUCCUCCCCUGAUAUCACAGGAGUUACUUCCUCCCCCAGACAAGUUUACACAUUGAACAUUUUUCCAUACACUGUCCCUCUUCUUCUUUUACAUUUCAUCCACACUGUGCAUCCCUCUCCUUGUCUCUUCUUCUCCCACCCCUCUGCGCUCUUCUUUAAUUAAUCAAAACGAGCUGGCCCCUGACUGACCCCCACAGAGCUGCUAGUUAAUUUAGAUUUACUGCCAGUGUCCAGCUGAGGGCAGAUAACACUGCCAAGGAGUAGGAGUGCUUCCUCGUGUUGGUAGGAGGAAGAGGCCAGCACUUCUCCUGCGUUUACUUUCAUUUGCUAAGCUGCUUCAAAAGUCUGUAAAAGUACAGUAUGAUGGAGACAGUCUAAGGGCAAAGAGAGUGAGUGAGAGCUUGUUGGGCUGAAUAAUGAUAUCCAGCAAAAGGUGCAGAGGUUCCUCAUCUGUCAGUAACAACUUCAAAGAGCAAGCCGUCGAGAUUUGUUGGUUGUAUUUUUAGAUUUAAAAUCAUUACACGCUCCGUGAGUAAAAGUGGUGCAGGUUCGUAUACAAACCACACUAUGGCCACUGUAUUUCUGUCGUUGGCCUUAUACCAUCAUGUUAUAUCCGUCUAUGAGAAGCAAACGUAGCCUUUUGGUCUGAGAGCAAAGUCAAAGAAGAAGGGUUUCAUUGUGACAUUCAUUCUUACAACCAUAGGCAGACCGCGUUUGAAGUGGAACUUCUCUCUUGAUUCAUGAACUCAGUCGCAGUGAGACUGUAUAGAUAUUACAGAAGGGUAAAUUGCCCUGAACUUUCCAGAAAUUUUCAGAAGAGCAUGUCUGAAAAUGACUUUAGGGGUUUUGACUCUUGAACAAAGUAAAAAAUAUAUAUUUUUUAACUGUAAAACAGAUGUUUAUCUUUGUUGUGUUUCUUGUGAAAUGUGUCUUAUUUUGCUCCUUUAGUUUAAAGUUAGCCAACAGAUCUUGUGUGAUUGUUUUUUUUUUUUUAAUGAACUUGCAUGAUCUGGGCUUUUUGACUUUUCAUAGACUAAAAAUAGACUAAAACUUUAAAGACCAAAAAUUAAUAAAGUGACCACCAGUAAUGGAUUGUACGAUGGAGUAUUAGGGCCACAUUAAGACAAAAAAUGUAAGACUUCAUGAAAGUAGUUUAUUUACGAAAAUUCAGUCAUUACCAAUGAGAAUAAAGUCAUAAUAAAAUCAUUACUAACAAGAAUUAAGUCGUACUAAAAUCAGUAAUUAUGAGAUGAUAGUCUUUAUUUUCUAACCUGUUGUUAAGAUGACAGUUGUUGAAAUAAGAGCCACGGAGCAUUUCGUGAAAAUGAACUUCAAUACAGGUUUCCCAAACAAGGACAUACUUCGACUUUUGGCACAUCAGCACCACAUUAUCAUAAGUAUCAUAAUGAUUUCAUUACGACUUUAUUCUCAUAAGUAAUAAAUCAGUUACGACUUUAUUCUUGUAAGUAAUAAUUUUAUUAUGACUUUAUUCUUGUGAGUAAUUACUUGAUUACAACUUAAUUUUCAUUAGUAAUGACUUUAUUCUCGUUAGUAAUGACUUUAUUCUUGUUAGUAAUGACUUUAUUAUCAUAAGUUAACGACUUUUAUCUUGAAGUCUUUUUUUUUUUUUUCAAUUCUUAAUGUGGCCCUAAUACUCCAUUGAAGGAUUAUUAUCAAAACACUAAAUCUAAAAUCUAAAAAUUGCACAUGGUUGUCUCUCAGUCAAAAUGGUUGGCAAUUCAGCCCCAGCUCCCUCGAUCAGAGAGGUUUCACUGUAUGCUUUUAUUUUGAAAGGAUGGAAAUAACACAGUCAUUCUGUGCCCCUCACUCAAAUGUCUGGAAUACAUGGAUUUUUCUGCAAAAUUACCAAAAAGAUUUACAAAUGGCAUGUUAAGAAAUAUAAAUAUUUGUAUUUUUGUUUCCUUUGACUGUUUUUGUACCUGCAGAUCCAUUUUUGGGGGGAUGAAUAAACAGAGCUAGCAUUUCAACGACUAUGCAAAGAUCUGUUCUCAAUAGACUUUUUACUCAGACUGUUGGAAGCAUCCACUUCAACAGCACACCUGACAGUAUCAGACAAUACUAACCCUAACCCUAACCCUCACCCUAACCCCUGAGGAGCUUAAAUGACUGUGAAGCUCAAUACUCAGUCCAUAAUACUGAGCAGUAAACAGGUGGAAAACAGUGUAAAAGAUGAGACAGAUCCAGUUAAAUGUUCAGUCCAGCCACACCCUGCUGGAUCUAACUGGAGCUUCUGCCAAAAAGGGAGUCAGAAGCCUGAUGCAUCGAGAGCAUGAAGAAGUACUUAGCUCUGAAUUAUUAGAGUUGGACAGAGAACAGAGUGGUGUACUAAAUGGACUCAAUGAAGAUAUUGUCAGUAAAAGCUGUAUAAAUGGCGUUGAUUCUGCUCCACGCUCUCCUUUCACAGACAAUUUCUAAUGCGUCUCUCCUCUUCACAGGGUCUGUACAUCUUUCUAGUGUAUGCUGUUUACAACAGUGAGGUAAGGAGGCAUUUUGCCCAUUGUCAGUGCUGCUGCCGGCCGUAACUGCGGCAGAAUCUCAGAAUGUGUCUUUGUGUGGUAUGUGAGGCUGCCAGCCUUUUGGACAAACCAGUGGGUGUAAAUGCUGCCUCUCAUUUAGGUGAGGAAUGCCAUAAAGAGGAUCAAAGAAAAGAGGAAGGCCUUAUCUUUCACGGUGAGUGAGUAAAAAGUGCAUAGCAAUGAUCAGAUUCAUCAGAAGAGAACAGGAAGACAUUUUCUCUUCAUAAAAGUUGAUUUUACUGUAUUGCAGUCUUCCCCUUAUGUGGGCGGCUCUUUGAUGCAGUUGACCCGUACACUUAAGUUAUUCUUUACGCUGAAUUCAUCAGUUUGACGCACUUUGGUGUAUUUUCAGAACUGCUCACAGCCAACCAGCUUCCUUCCAUCCCAGAGAGCGCCCAUUACCUCGUGGGGCCGAGGCGCUCUGACGCCCUCCAGCCCUGAGACCAGUGAGACCUCUGGACCCCCCAGCUCCACCUCCACAUCACUGGUCAUCAUGAACGGUAGGGACUAACAAAUAUAUGCAAAUGCCUCCUGUAGACCAGCUUUGCUUCAUUCGCCUACAUUUGCUUAAGAUUUUUCUGAAAUUUGUUCAAAAGAAAGUAUCUGAUUUGUAUUUUGAUGCAGAACAAAACAAUUAAGUCAAGAGUGACUGGAAAAGACUGUCUCUGCUUGUUCACUGUCAAACCUUGGAGUAGUGUGUUUCUAGUGAGAAUGCAAUCCAGUAACUAGGCUGGGUGGUAAUCUGGUCCCAUGGUAUCCUGCAGUACUUUAAAGAAGCAAAUGUACCCUAAAACAUACAAAAAGCCUUGCUAACAAGUGUCUAGUCAGGUCAUCUGUCUGUGCAGCUGUGUUUUUAGUUUAUCUCUCAUACUGUUUAAUGUUUCUCCUAACUGUUGAUUCAAGAGAGGACAUUAGACUAAUAUAAAGACAUGUUGUGUCAAGUGACAGCUGCCAAACAGAAGAAAGAAAAAGAGAGAAAGAGAAUUACAGCUGCACACUCAUAGAGUUGGUCUCUUAAAAAACUUAAGCAAUUUGGCAGCAGUCUAAGCACAUGAUAACAAAUCUGUACCUGCAGGCUGCACAUGAUGCACACGUUGGAGUGGUUUGUAUGAGACAGCAUUAGUCUUGAAUUGGAUAACUUCACUAUAUGGUUGGUGCUGAAUGUUGGUGUGCAGUCGUGGAUCAGCACAGUGAUCGAGCAGGGGACUGGAUCCCUGCAGGGCUCCUGUGAUGUUGCUCGAGGUGUUAUUGCCGACCCGCACUGCUUGUGUCCUGUUACUGAGGAGGGUUGUAAGAGGUGUUGAGGGAUGAUAGUGUUGAAUGCUGAAGUGAAAUCUAGGAUCAGCCUUCGAAUCUUGAAAUUGAAAUUCCCCUGUGGGCAUCAAUAAAGCUCUUAUCUUAUCUUAUCUGACGAUGAUGUUUGCUCUUUGUUUCUCUGGGUGAAUUUUUCAUGGCUUUUGUGUUGCUUGCAUUUCUUUUUCUUGAAUGAGUUGAAAAACACAGAUUUAAGUUUAGAAGUUUCUUUGUUUGUUUGUUUUUCAGAGAGCUUCAGAAAGGAGAGCUUUGUGACAUUUUCUUUAAAAUCCACAUCAGGAAACCAAGUAAGUCUAAUAUCUAUGUAUUAUUACUGCAAUGUCAUCAGAUGAUGGUAAAAUUAAAGUAUGGCUGAGCACUGUCUAUGCUUUUUCAAUUGAACAGGUGGUCCAGUUGACUGGGUACAAACCAUCAGGUAUGCCUACGACAAUAACACUGGCCUUUACUUAUUAUAUUUUGGUUGAUUUUUCAUUGUGACUUGUAAAUUUAAUUUUAUAAUUACAUUUCAGUCAGUUCUUUGCAAAAGAAAAAUGGUUACCGUUAAGCUGAGCAUUACAGAUCCUCAUGCAUUAAUGUCUUGCUACCGCGACAAGCAAAAUCUGGUUUGCAGAUCUUGCAAGUUUACCAGUUUUGUUUACAUGCUGCUCACCAGUCACUGACUGUGUUUAGGCAAUUUGAUUGGAUCCUGUCCUUGUCUCAGUUUGCAAGCACCGGGCAAGAAUCAUAUUACUGACAGAAGCAUGUCCGCCUCCACUAUGAAAGAUAGCAACCUUCCCCUUUUACCUUGUAACUAUCAGGUUGUCUUGUAGUCCAGAGCAGUCCUGCCGUACAACUUCAUUCAACAAGGCUCAGCAUGCCAACAUUCAAGCAUGCGCAAAUGCUUAGGCCAGUUCAAGUACAAUCGAGUUGUAUACAUGGAAGAGAAAAUCGAUCCCCUACCGAAUUAUCUUGGUUUGUUUGUCCGACUUUGAGAAGUUUGGUUUGUUGCCAUUUCAGUCAGACUAAUGUGUUUACAUGUUUGUUAAAAGUCCGGUAGAGUUAGACUAAAGCAAUAAGUUGAUUUUUUUUGUCAAUAAUAUGUAAAUGUACCGACUGACUUCCAUGUAUCACUCUCAGGGACUAUAGUAAGGAUUUGAGUUGCCUCACCUUUUCAACAAACCAAUUCCAGAAAACAAAUUAUGUUCAUAAACAGCAUGAAAACACCUUCAAUGACACUACCAACUCAAUCUGAGUGUAAAAUUAAACUACAGCGAAUUCAUCAUCAAGACUUUUUCAACCACACUUACAAAUUGUUGCAUCCCGAGGCUGCACUGAUCUCCCACUGCUUUUGUGAACUAGAGCUUUGAAUUGUAAAUGUGUUCACACACACACACAGUAAAAUAUGUCAAUGCCAUGACCUUUGCACUUCCAAAACAUUAAAGUUACCAUUACGGCUCGCUGCCUUUAGGUUUUAAUGCCAUCCUGCUCCUGAGCCCUCUGCUCAUAGUAACCUAAUGUUAGGAAUCUUUGGAAUACCACAAGAUCUACCUUUUCUUUAUCUCUUUUUAUUAAUGCAUAUGGUGUACUUCGAAGCUGCCUGGAGGACAAAAGAAACGCGCAUUUGCAUAUUUUCUCAUCAGAAUUUCUCACUCUGACUGACUGAAUGAACAGACUCAUAUUCCUGUCGGCACUUGUCACUGCUAACAGAGGUCAUCUAAAAUGGUAGUUUAGCGUGAAAUGAGUGCUGAGUAUUUUAUGCUUUAUCUUAAUUUCUCCUCCUACAUAAAGCAGGAGUAAACACGGAAUAGUAGUCAUAUUUCUGCCAUUUUUAAAUCCUUUAUUAUUGUGCAAAGCGCCUCUGUUUACUGACUCCGAUAUAAGCAUGCUUAAACCCUUUUGGAGAGAAGUGUGCGAGGAGUUACAGCCCCUGAAAAGACCGCACUCAGAUGUUGGGAAGAUUCGCAGAUGAAACAAAGAACUGACCCAAGAGGGGAGAGCGAAUAGAGGUUUUAUUUUUCCCUAUAUUGUCUCCAUUUACCUGCACAGUGUUCAGCAUCAGGCCUGUGUGAAAACUGGCCCUGUUUCUUUUGUUGAUUUGAAUGUGCAGACAGACCCCACAGAUGGUCCCAGAUCUUCAGCAGGGUUAAGUCACUGUCAAUAGCUCUAAAUUGCCUGACAGUAUGUUGACAGAAGUUUGCGAUAGAUGCAGCAAAUGUUUAGACGUCUGUGAAGAACGCCUGAUGGAGGGUGUUUGAGUGCUGCUGGAUGUUCAUUGUUGACCGGCGAGACAAAAGAGAAGUUCAUUCCCUUAAUCAGGAGCGGAUAGCACUGGCUAUUCACCCGAUCAGCCAUUAACCACUUCAACACCUGCUCUCUCUCUCACUCUGCCUUUCAUUUUCCUCUUUUCUUCUUCUCUCUUUUGUGCACAAACACACUCGCACUCCUGUAAUGCAAAAUCAUUAAACAUCAGACUGCGCUCUGAGUCGUAGCUAAUGCCUUUCACUUUAUUUCACCACAGGCUGUUGAACUGCGAAAGGAGUGGAUCUUGAUACUCAAGCAUUAUAAACAUGCACCGCACUGCUAAGAGAGGAAAGGAGUACAUACACACAUCCGACUUGAAGAAAUGCAUGGACACAUUCACAUAACCACAUGUACGCAAAGCAUGAAAGGAGAAAGUGGAAGAAUAUGAAACAUGAAGGACGAAGGUCCAGUUUUUGUUGUGUUUUGUUCCCAGAUCAAAUCAAUGUUUCCAUUUUAUGUGUUUUUGUUUGCGUGCCAAUAAAAUGACAAACCGACUGAUCAACUGGGUGAUGAAGAUGAAUCUUUGGCAGCCAUGUUUGAGGCUUCCGGCUUUCAAAUUAUAAAUAAUAGUGAGUAAGAACUUUUUUUGAUCUUGGCUCGUCACUGCGGCGUCCUUACAGAGUGCACAUCAGCAGGAAUUUGAAAACUUUGCUUAAUAAACUGAUCCUGCAUAGCUCCAUGAAGUGCUUUCCUUCUUCUCCAGAAUGUCUUCACUCUUUAAAGGUAGUUUACGUAAGUUCCUUUUUUAGUUUAAUUUAUUCCCCAGCAUUUUGAAGCCCUAACAAAAACCUGCUUUAUCAAAAAGGAUGUGGAAUGAUUCAAUGGACUUGUCUAUCUGCCUUUUUAAUCCACAUUACCUCGACUCAAUUUAUAUGAUUUUUUUUUUUCAAUGCUUAAAGAUCAAGAUAGUCUGAACCAACAGUACAUCAGCUGAUUCUAAUGGCGGCCUAUAUGAGCUGACAGCUGACCCUUACCAGUGUUAAAUGUAUUGUCACUGGUGCCUGCAUCUUUCUGUACCCCUGAGGUUUUUGCUGUUACUCUCUCUGCCUCGGCUUUUUACAUAAACACAUAAAAUAAGGUUGACAGCUCAAAGAACAAAUCCAUACUGCUUAAUAUAAUAGCAUAGAAACAAAUCACUCGUUUUUACCAUAGUGGGGAUUUGAUUCAUCUUAAGCAGAGAAACUAACUUCACAAAAAUGGGAAAUAUGCUAGAUUUGCUCAUUUCUGUGCUGUGAUUUGAUGGUCAGAUACAGGAGUUUCACCCAGGAGAUUGCUUUUUAAUGUUCUGUGUGAAACAUGAUAACACUGUUGAGGUGUAUUUGUAUUUGUUCACCAAACUUGUCUGACAUUUUGAAAAUGUUACAGUUUGAUUUAGUUAAGACAACUGGGACGAUUGAAUUCGUCAUUGAAAAAAUGUCUAGUGAACACAGUGACCCCCAUUACCAUAUCAAUGCACAGGAUGGUAAAGGUGAUAUCACAGUUUUCGAUUAGGCGGCAGACGAAGGUGGAUAGUUAUGAAAUUGACACCAUGAUUCAGUGUGUGUUAAUGUGUUUUGUGUAAUGUGAUUUGAAGGGAUGCUUGAUCAGCAGUGCUGGCCCACUUGUAUUGAGAUGGCUCCAAAUUUUGAUGAAUAUGAAACUGACACAAAAUAUUCACUUUUCUGGGCAUGUUCAUCUCAUCCAUCAGCUACCUCCUUCCAGCGCAGUGAAUUAUGGUAUAUAUUCCUGGGUAGUUUUCAUAACACAUUGUGGAAUACAGUAUGUGCAUUAUAUAAGGUAUAAUAAUUGCAAUUCAUUGUUUAGACCGUUCUAAAAAAAUCACAACAUUCACUCUCUAAUAGUUAGUAGUGAGUGACUUUGGACACUGUCAGAGACUUUUUUUUUCCAUCCAUGGACACAGAGUUUCUCCCAAAUAACUACUUUCCAACUACAAGUUUUCAUAGGAUUUUUUUUUUGUUUGUUUUUUUGUAAAAAGUUGUUUUAAAAAAUUUUAAAGUUCAAUUGAUUUCAUUUUUUAAAAAUGUAAUAAAAUACAGAGAGUGUGUUGUGUUCCCUUUAGACUGUUUUCCUUUUCUGAAUCAAAAAGGGGAAAAAAAAUCCUAACAAACCUUUUUUUUUCACCUCUUCACACACACGAAUCACAAAUGACAAAAGGGACUUCCCCUGGAUGAAAACAUGAAAACUUACAACACAUUUUACAACAAAAUCAACAAACAUUUUGACAUUUGGUUAACAAGACUAAGAAAAAACAUUUACAUGACAAAUAAAUGUUCACAGAUUUACUUCUGCAAACAAAAACAAAAUAUAUAUAUGAUAAUGAUGUACAGCUUUUUAAACCCCCUGUCUCACUGAGUCAAAGAAAAUGGCUUCACAUAUUUUGUCUUCACUUGACUCGAAGAGUCAGAUAGAGCCCUCUCGAAAUUAUGAAGGAAUAAAAAAACAUUUAAAGCACCUGUGAGGAACUUUUGGGUUUUGUCAGUCUGGGUACCCCCUGUGGACUGUGCAGGUUUAGCUUAUUUUUCCCCCUACAUGCUUAAGUAUUGUCAUUUGUAAGAAUCUCAUCCUGCUGAUUUCUGACAGUCCAGUGUAUCAUUCUAUGGGAAAUGUACAAGGUGCUGCUUCUCUAGCUGCUUGGUUGAUGGCUACCCCCCUUGCACCAGUUUUAGACAUUAGCAAUUACAACAAAAAAAAAAAAAAUGUCAGUCUUGUCAUUGGUUUUCUUGUUUGCUUUUGUAUGUCAUAAAAAGGCAUCCCUAUCCUCCUCCUCUCAGGACCUUUUAAAUAGAAAUAUAGACAGUAGUUCUAAGGCUACAACAGAGUUUUUGUUUUUUUUUCCAAGAUUGGAAAGCUCCUGCUGCUGGAUCAUCUUCUUACAAGAAUAAAGUUGUGACAAAUUGUUUUCUUACAAGACUUAAAGGAAGGCGAUCCUGCAUUUUUUUCAGGCUCUAUAUUUCCUUUCUGAUACCUCUUUAAUAGCUUUACAUGUUUUUCAGAUCUAAAUAUCAUUAUUUCAGCCUCUAACUAAAACGCUUUACUUUAGCUGCUGUCUCUUUAAGCCCACCCCCUUCCACUAAACAACUUUUUUCUGAUUGGCCACCUCUCUGGAUGAGGGCAGAGCUUUGAGUUUCAGCCUCGCCUCUUCCACUGUUUAAUUCCUAGAUCAGAGGAGCAGAUUUACACCACUUCACUGUGGGUGUCACCCUGCAGGCUGUGGGACAUUGGCCGUUCCAAAUUGCCAGUGGCACAGAUGAAUUAGUAAGGAGCGUCUGUAAUACCUACAUAGGUAUUGUGUGAGUCUUGCAUUUUCACACAGGCUCCUGUUUUCAGCAAUUUACAUCUAUUUUUAAGAUAAUGACAACUUCCGUUUACCUCCCAAUUUGAAACUUGGCAUACCUCUAGCAUGGACACCAUACAUUGUAACUUUGUAGUUUUUUGUUGUUAAUGUGGAAAAGCAUAAUACUAUCCCUUUUGAUCUAUGUAAAAUCUUGUUUAAAAUUGUUAAUUUAGUCAUGUAGUGAUUAGCUGCAUAAUGCUAGUCCUGAUGCUUUUAACAAUGUGGUGCUAAUGUGACAUUAUUUUGUGACAUUGUUUUUUUUGUGCAGGGACAAACAUGGCAAAAUGAGAAUACAGUGCACUUGUGAUCCCAGUUUUUGCUCUAAUUACUAGAUAUUGAUCUUACCGGGUCAACAGCGACUCUAACACGACAAGUGCCAUAAUUUUAAUAAGAGCAUUCUAUAAUUUAGUCAAUGUAAUUUUUUAUUUUAUUUUGUUGAAAUGGAGGUUCCUGACAAAGUCAAAAAAUCUUGAUGCAAAAAAGCUAAUUUAAGUGGUUCUAUUAAGCAUUUAAAAUCAAAAAUGGGGCAGUGCAGACCCUAACACAGGAGGAGGAGGGUCAAUCAGUUAGGAGUCAUGAAAACAAUUUGUUGUAUUUGUGAUGUUCAUAUAAGCCAGAAAAAAUCACUUACACAUGAUAACAACAUGUGAAUGUCCAAACCUGGUUAUACAAAUGCGGUGAAUAUGUCUGAAUGACUGCUGUCUUAAAGUAAAGCUAAAUCUUUUAGACUCUAACUGGUGCGAAUGUUGAAGUCAGACGAGGCUUAAAAAACAGCCGCAAAAUGACUGUUUUACUGAACCCUGUAAAAAUGAGACACACACGUGGAUAUUUACUUCACUGAAUUUUAUUGGUUUGAUGCUAUUACAAUAAAAUAUAUUUAAAGAAAA